GGUAUCGUUACGUAGGGUUAGAGUGAUACCCAUCUCGAUAACGAGAUCGACUUUGGCACAGGGAACUCCAUUACUAGAUCGACCGAUUUCAGGGUCAAUAUGCCUCGCUAUGAUGAUGAUCGAUAUGGUAGUACUACGCGUCUCUACGUUGGUCACCUGUCUUCUCGGACCCGCACUCGUGAUUUGGAACACAAAUUCAGCAAAUUCGGGAGGAUUCCGGGGCAUUUGCUUGGCCUGAAGGUCUAUGUUGAGAGGGUGCCCUUGGUGCAAUUGAUGGGAAAACACACACCGAGUUUAGGAGAGAUUGUUGAUUCAUUUCUGUGUUGUCUUUGCCUGUUUUUAUGGAAUUGGGAUCAAAACAAAACUGGUGUUUAGUUCCGUAGUUCGUCUUGAUGGGCAAAUACCACCCACUUCUCUGUGCUUAAGUAAUGAUGAUGGCCUUAUUGUUUCUGGAAACCAUUUCCGCAGAGUACGGCAAGUGGACAUGAAGCGUGACUAUGCAUUCAUUGAUUAUAGCGAUCCACGUGAUGCUGAUGACGCAAGACAUUAUCUCGAUGGAUCUGAACUUGAUGGACACCGCAUAAUUGUGGAAUUUGCUAAGGGAGUGCCGCGCGGGUCAGGUGGCUCCAGAGAUUAUUUGGGACGUGGACCCCCACCAGGCUCAGGCCGCUGCUUCAACUGUGGACUUGAAGGACACUGGGCCCGUGAUUGCAAAGCCGGUGAUUGGAAAAAUAAGUGCUAUAGGUGUGGAGAAAGAGGCCACAUAGAAAAGAAAUGCCCAAAUAGUCCACAGAAGCUCAAGCGUGGAAGGAGUUACUCUAGGACACCAGAUAGAUCUCGGUCCCCUUAUUAUAGCCGGAGGCAUAGUCGAAGUUACAGCCCAAGGCGCAGCUAUAGCCGGUCAAGAUCCCCUGUUGCAAGGAGAGAACGAGUUGGGCAUGAGAGAAGAUCUCCCCCCAGCAGGAGCCCUGUGAGCAGCAGAAGCAGAAGCCGAAGUCCGCAUGAUGAAAGAAGUCCCCGCCCAUCUAAAACACAGAAACACAACCCACCCACCCGUGAUGACUCCCGCUCCCCCUUAAGUGGUGAUGGGAGAGAUGAGAGUCCUCCACCCCCUUCUAAGAGGGCGCAAAAUGCGUCGAGUCCAGAAGAUGAUGGCUAUGAUAGAAGCCAUGAGGGGAGAAGUCAAAGCCCUAUGAGCCCGAGAAGAGGCGAUGGUUCCGCUUAUAGGAAGUAUGAUGAGAGCCCGUUGGGUGCUAAGAGUCGCAGUCCAAGUCCGAAAUAUGAAAAAAGGCAUGCUGAUUCAGAUGAUGGUGCGGAUGACAAUUAGUUAUCAUUGACUAAUUAUCUUUUUUAUUUCUAGUCAUAAUGAGAUCGAUCAUUUGUGGGGUAUGACUAUUUGAGGCGUGGUUUGGACUUUGGAGUAUCUUUUAUCGAGUCUUUAGAACUUUUUCAAAUCAUUUUAAGAAAUACUCUGCACUCUGCAGACUGUCGUUGAGAGGUUUUGCUACUUAUUGAUGCGUUUGAACUUUGAAUGCUUGGUUCCUGCAUGCCUAGUCCCAUUUAAUCUCGUUUGAAAAUGUUCACCCUGGAGUCUGGAUUUUGAAAGUCAAUAAUAUAUCUGUAAAAAGGUUAAAAUGAAAUUCGAC